AUGAGUGAGAACGAAUUGCUUAAACUCAGCGUUCGUAAUAACGCUUUGUCCAAGGUGAGGAAUUACGAGUCAGAAGGGGAGCUUCCUCUCAAAGCUUCAAACGACAUCAAUUCAAUUUCACCCAUUUUACAAAGAAGCCCGACGCUGGACCAUGAUGAAGGAAAAGUUUUCAAUUCCGUUCAGCAGAGUCAAGACGACCUUUUCAAACACCUGGGGCUCAAGAGCAUUAAAGAGCUUUCUGAUGAGGAAUUUGCCAAGAAGAUUACAAACCUUACCUCCAGCAGUUUUGAUGACGUUCAUUCCGAGAUUCCUGAAAUUGGAGAUCAUGAGUUUGAGGCUUCUGUAACUCAACUGGCAAAGCUUCUCACAGAAGCAGAUAUUGAUCCAAAGAAGAGCUUGAAUGAUUCCGAGCUGAGAUUAAUGUCUAGCAUGAGCAAGAUUGGCUUUUCCAAGAGGCCAACGUACAGCCCAACAAGAAGUGUUAGAGAUUUCAAAAGCUACCUUGAGAACCAUUCUAAACCAGAUAUCACAUCUAACGAUACAGUACUUGGACCUGUGUGGGAUUCAGUUGCGCCAAGCAUUAAAUCUAGAAUGCAGCGUUCAAUCUCUGCGUUCCGAGAACACCUAACCUUGGAAGAAGAUGCUGAACAAACAGUGAACGUGCUGAACAAAAUCAACAGCGAAAUUCAAGCAGUACCUCCAAAAAGAGAACCUUUCACUGAUGAAAAGUGGGCAGAACUAGCUCAAAGAUUGAACAGGCCAUAUGAAAAGAAAGCGAAAAAGAUUGAAAAAAUAAGAAGUGAGAGAGAAGAAGAGUACAGCAAACAAAACACUUUUCAGCCAUCAAUUAACGAAAGAUCCAGACUGUUAGUGAGUAACAGUAGUUUAGAUGAACGUGUCAAUACGUUUUUGCAAGAAAAACAAAAGAAUAUUGAAAAGAAGAAGGAAGAAGUUUCGAAGCUUAUGGGCAAUGAGCUAAAAUUCAAGCCAGAAAUCACAAAAAAGUCGCAAAAAUUGAACCGAGACGUAAAUCUGUUGUUGCAUUGGAGCGAAGAGAGAAAACAAAAAUUAGAAUCUCUAAAGACUGCAGUAGAUCAAGAGCAUCUUGAACCAUGCACAUUCAAGCCAGCGUUAAGCACAAGAUCAAGAAAAAUUGCUGAGAAAAGCAUUAAAAAACAAGGCACCAACACAUCUUUCCAACAAUCAACUGAUGUGUUUGAAAGAAAUUAUGAAUGGGAAUUCAUCAAAAACCACAAAAAGCGAAAGUUUAUUGAGUCGUUUAUCAAAAUGGAAAAAGCUCUCCACAACCCAAACAUCACUAUUAAAGCAUCUAACCUAAAGCGAGACGGGCCCUUUGGAGAGCGAUUGUAUAAGCAAGGAUUAGAAUUCUUGGAAAAGAAAGAAAAAACAAGAGAAAAUUUGCUUUCUGCAUUGUAUCAAAAACGAAGUGCUGGCUGUAUUCAACAAAAAGAAGAUGAUCCUUACUUUGGAGAUGCAGAAGAUCGCGUUGAUUCGAGUGCUACUCAUCUCACAGAAGAACAAAUUAAUGAAUUAAUCAAGCUAUACGCCAUAGAUGCUGAUGAAGACGCACAGGUAUCAGAAGGUAGAGUUCAGGAUCAAGAUAAGCAUGAGGAAAACACAGUGUCUACCCCUCCUGACCACGAAGAAGACGAGUCCAAACUUGCUGAAGAUCACAUGUUGGCAGAUCCCAAGGAAAAGUAUGCAAAAACCAUGGAAACUCUCAGAUUAUUUCGCCAAUCACAACUCUCACAAAAAACUGCAUUGCUAGAGAGUAACGAAUAA